AUGGAGGGCUCGGUGCCGGCAGGGGGCCAGGGGAGGCUGAGAGGGGAGCCCGCUAGUGGAGGCCUUGCCAGCACCUUUCUCAAACCCUUCAGGAAAUGCAGCCAAGUCCCACUUUUGGAGCCCACCACACCCAAUGCCCUCCAGCAUGACAUGUCAGCUUCCCAACCAUCCCUGGCCAAGCCCCUGGCCCAAGAGAGGCGGGAUGAUCCUGACAUGCUCACCAUGGCUGCGGACAUCAGCCGGGGCAGGCUGCAGGGCAGCCCUGCUCCAGAGACUGCUCUGUGUCCCCUGACCACAUCUCCUUCCCUGGAUGGUGGGCGGGCAAGUGGACAGAGCGGGGUGCACAGGAUGACCCCCUUCCCCUGUGGGACUGUCCCCAAGGAGCCCCCUGGACAGCAGACACCUGUCCACUCCUCAGCCCCUGCUGGGGACCCCCAGGAGCAGUGGCUCCCCCUGCGAGAGUGGCUGGGGCGGCUGGAGGCUGCAGUGGUGGAGCUCAGAGAACAGAAUAAGGACCUGCAGAUGAGGGUGAGGCGGCUGGAGUCCUGUGAGUGCCACCCUGCAUCUCCCCAGUGCUGGGGGCUGGGGCGUGCCUGGCCCGAGGGGGCGCGCUGGGAGCCUGACCCCUGCACAGCCUGCGUCUGCCAGGAUGGGACCGCUCACUGUGGCCCCCAAGCCCACCUGCCCCAUUGCAGGGGCUGCAGCCAGAAUGGCCAGACCUACGGCAACGGGGAGACCUUCUCCCCAGACGCCUGCACCACCUGCCGCUGUCUGGCAGGGGCUGUGCAGUGCCAGCGGUUCUCAUGUUCAGAGCUCAACUGCUUGGAGAGCUGCACCCCACUUGGGGAGUGCUGCCCCAUCUGCUGCACAGAAGGUGGCUCUCACUGGGAACACGGCCAAGAGUGGACCACACCGGGGGACCCCUGCCGAAUCUGCCAGUGCCUGGAGGGUCACAUCCAGUGCCGCCAGCGAGAAUGUGCCAGCCUGUGUCCGUACCCAGCCCGGCCCCUCCCAGGCACCUGCUGCCCUGUGUGUGAUGGCUGUUUCCUAAACGGGCGGGAGCACCGCAGCGGGGAGCCCGUGGGCUCAGGGGACCCCUGCUCGCACUGCCGCUGCGCUAACGGGAGUGUCCAGUGUGAGCCUCUGCCCUGCCCGCCGGUGCCCUGCAGACACCCAGGCAAGAUCCCUGGGCAGUGCUGCCCUGUCUGCGAUGGCUGUGAGUACCAGGGACACCAGUAUCAGAGCCAGGAGACCUUCAGACUCCAAGAGCGGGGCCUCUGUGUCCGCUGCUCCUGCCAGGCUGGCGAGGUCUCCUGUGAGGAGCAGGAGUGCCCAGUCACUCCCUGUGCCCUGCCUGCCUCUGGUCGCCAGCUCUGCCCAGCCUGUGUGCUGGAUGGAGAGGAGUUUGCUGAGGGAGUCCAGUGGGAGCCUGAUGGUCGGCCCUGCACUACCUGCGUCUGUCAAGAUGGGGUACCGAAGUGCGGGGCUGCACUCUGUACCCCAGCCCCCUGCCAGCACCCCACCCAGCCCCCUGGUGCCUGCUGCCCCAGCUGUGACAGCUGCACCUACCAUGGCCAAGUGUAUGCCAAUGGGCAGAACUUCACGGAUGCAGACAGCCCUUGCCAUGUCUGCCGCUGCCAGGAUGGAACUGUGACAUGCUCCUUGGUUGACUGCCCUCUCACGACCUGUGCCAGGCCCCAGAGUGGACCGGGCCAGUGUUGCCCCAGGUGCCCAGACUGCAUCCUGGAAGAAGAGGUGUUUGUGGACGGUGAGAGCUUCUCCCACCCCCGAGACCCCUGCCAGGAGUGCCGAUGCCAGGAAGGCCAUGCCCGCUGCCAGCCUCGCGCCUGCCUCAGGGCCCCCUGUGCCCACCCGCUGCCUGGGACCUGCUGCCGGAACGACUGCAGCGGCUGUGCCUUUGGCGGUAAAGAGUAUGCCAGCGGAGCGGACUUCCCCCACCCCUCUGACCCCUGCCGUCUGUGUCGCUGUCUGAGCGGCAACGUGCAGUGCCUGACCCGCCGCUGCUCGCCGCUGCCCUGUCCAGAGCCUGUCCUGCUGCCGGGAGACUGCUGCCCGCAGUGCCCGGGUAGGGGCCGCAUCCCUCGGCUGCUCCUCCCCCGAGGUCCCCUCGGAGGCUGCCUGUACCAGGGGAAGGAGUUUGCCAGCGGGGAGCGCUUCCCAUCGACCACUGCCGCCUGCCACCUCUGCCUUUGCUGGGAGGGCAGCGUGAGCUGCGAGCCCAAGGCAUGUGCCCCUGCACUGUGCCCCUUCCCUGCCAGGGGCGACUGCUGCCCUGACUGUGAUGGCUGUGAGUACCUGGGGGAGUCCUACCUGAGUAACCAGGAGUUCCCAGAUCCCCGAGAACCCUGCAACCUGUGUACCUGCCUUGGAGGCUUCGUGACCUGCGGCCACCGGCCCUGUGAACCCCCGGGCUGCAGCCACCCAUUCAUCCCCUCUGGGCACUGCUGCCCGACCUGCCAGGGAUGCCACUACCAUGGCGUCACUGCUGCCUCCGGAGAGACCCUUCCUGACCCACUUGACCCUGCCUGUUCCCUCUGCACCUGCCAGGAAGGUUCCAUGCGCUGCCAGAAGAAGCCAUGUCCCCCAGCUCUCUGCCCCCACCCCUCUCCAGGCCCCUGCUUCUGCCCUGUUUGCCACAGCUGCGUCUCUCAGGGCCGGGAGCACCAGGAUGGGGAGGAGUUUGAGGGAGCAGCAGGCAGCUGUGAAUGGUGUCGCUGUCAGGCUGGCCAGGUCCGCUGUGUGCGGCUGCAGUGCCCACCCCUUCCCUGCCAGCUCCAGGUCACCGAGCCGGGGAGCUGCUGCCCUCGCUGCAGAGGCUGCCUGGUUCAUGGGGAAGAGCACCCUGAAGGCAGUAGCUGGGUGCCCCCCGACAGUGCCUGCUCCUCCUGCGUGUGUCACGAGGGUGUCAUCACCUGUGCACGCGUCCAGUGCAUCAGCUCUUGCGCCCAGCCCCACCAGGGGCCCCAUGACUGCUGUCCUCGAUGCUCUGACUGUGAGCAUGAGGGCCGGAAGUACGAGCCCGGGGAAAGCUUCCAGCCUGGGGCAGACCCCUGUGAAGUGUGCAUCUGCCAGCCACAGCCUGAGGGGCCUCCCAGCCUUCGCUGUCACCGGCGGCAGUGUCCCAGCCUGGUGGGCUGCCCCCCCAGCCAGCUCCUGCCCCCUGGGCCCCAGCACUGCUGUCCGACCUGUGCCCAGGCUUUGAGUAACUGUUCAGAGGGCCUGCUGGGAUCUGAGCUAGCCCCACCGGACCCCUGCUACACAUGCCAGUGCCAGGACCUGACAUGGCUCUGCAUCCACCAAACCUGUCCUGAGCUCAGCUGUCCCCUCUCAGAGCGCCACACUCCCCCUGGGAGCUGCUGCCCCGUGUGCCAGGCUCCCACCCAGUCCUGCGUGCACCAGGGCCGUGAGGUGGCCUCUGGAGAGCGCUGGACUGUGGACGCCUGCACCAGCUGCUCCUGCAUGGCGGGCACCGUGCGUUGCCAGAGCCAGCGCUGCUCACCACUCUCGUGUGGCCCCGACAAGGCCCCUGCCCUGAGUCCUGGCAGCUGCUGCCCCCGCUGCCUGCCCCGGCCAGCUUCCUGCAUGGCCUUCGGAGACCCCCAUUACCGCACCUUCGACGGUCGCCUGCUGCACUUCCAGGGCAGUUGCAGCUAUGUGCUGGCCAAGGACUGCCACAGCGGGGACUUCAGUGUGCACGUGACCAAUGAUGACCGGGGCCGGAGCGGCGUGGCCUGGACCCAGGAGGUGGCGGUGCUGCUGGGAGACGUGGCCGUGCGGCUGCUGCAGGGCGGAGCAGUCACUGUGGAUGGGCACCCAGUGGCCUUGCCCUUCCUGCAGGAGCCGCUGCUGUAUGUGGAGCUGCGAGGACACACUGUGAUCCUGCAUACCCAGCCCGGGCUCCAGGUGCUGUGGGACGGGCAGUCCCAGGUGGAGGUGAGCGUGCCUGGCUCCUACCAGGGCCGGACUUGUGGGCUCUGUGGGAACUUCAACGGCUUUGCCCAGGAUGAUCUGCAGGGCCCUGAGGGGCUGCUCCUGCCCACAGAGGCUGCGUUUGGGAAUAGCUGGCAGGUCCCAGAGGGGCUGGGGCCUGGCCGGCCCUGUUCUGCAGGCCGAGAGAUGGAUCCGUGCCGGGCAGCAGGUUACCGUGCCAGGCGUGAGGCCAAUGCCCGGUGUGGGGUGCUGAAGUCCUCCCCAUUCAGUCGCUGCCAUGCUGUGGUGCCACCGGAGCCCUUCUUUGCCGCCUGUGUGUAUGACCUGUGUGCCUGUGGCCCUGGCUCCUCCGCUGAUGCCUGCCUCUGUGACGCCCUGGAAGCCUAUGCCAGUCACUGUCGCCAGGCAGGAGUGACACCUACCUGGCGAGGCCCCACGCUAUGCGUGGUAGGCUGCCCCCUGGAGCAUGGCUUCGUGUUCGAUGAGUGCGGCCCGCCCUGUCCCCGCACCUGCUUCAAUCAGCAUAUCCCCCUGGGGGAGCUGGCAGCCCACUGUGUGAGGCCCUGCAUGCCCGGCUGCCAGUGCCCUGCAGGCCUGGUGGAGCACGAGGCCCACUGCAUCCCACCCGAGGCCUGUCCCCAAGUCCUGCUCACUGGAGACCAGCCACUCGGUGCUCCGCCCAGCCCCAGCCGGGAGCCCCAGGAGACACCCUGAGCCAGGACAGUGCCUGACCAGGGUUCAUCAGGCCAGGAGUCUCCCCUUGGCAAGCAAUUCCCACCCUGGUCAGGGCUGUGGAGAGAAUGCCCUGCCUGGACAGUGGAGCCUGGGCCCCUGCCCUGCAAAGACCCCUGCUGUGUUGAGUCACAAGCAGUAAACUCUAGGCCUG